UCCGGGACUCGAACCCUGCGAGGAUUGGCAAAGUUCAUCUGUGGAAUCCUUGGAAUCACUGUUCCAAAACCCGGAGCCAAGGCAGUUCCAAGAGUUCGAGCGGACACCGCGAUGAUGGCAGAAGAAGCAGUGGUGCUGGAGUCGGCCCACCACUCUCCAGCUCCGCUGGUCGCCGUCACCUUCCAGAGAAACAACCUCCGAAAACAGAAGUACCUGGAGGGGGAACCCAAAGCACUGGGGAUCACACAGAUUAUGCUGAGUUUCUUCCAGCUGAUCACCAUCAGCGUGUUGAUUUCCAAAGACCUGGGUGACAAAGAGACAGACAUCCCCCUGUUCAUCGCGUCCUCCAUAGUGGUGAUCGCAGGCAUCCUGGCCAUAGCUGCACAGAGCCUUCACCUGCCAACACUCCGAGGUUGUUUGGCGAUGCAGAUCGUGGCGUGCGCUGCCUCCUUCGUCAACAUGGUGUGCACACUGACGAAAAUAGAGAGUAUCGCUUUCUACUGCUGGGAGUACGUCAACGACAACGGCACCUCGGUGGAGAGAAACGCCUGCGACCAGAUGGAGAGGAUGCACUCCCACCUCCACACCGAUGGCGUCGUCAUCCACGUCACCCUGCUGGCCAUCUCAGCCACACUGGCCGCCUACUGCUGCAAGGUGGUCAACUGCUGCGCUCCGCCACCCAAAAUGCCCGUCAUCACAGUUCAGGCUCCUCCUGUCCAGGAGUGACUUCAAACACACACCAGUACUGGAGAUAAAGACACCUACUGAUUAUUGUAGAGAAUCUGCGUAGGUCGGAAGGCACGUCGCUUUAGUGUUGCCGAAUUCCAAGCUAAGAAGUAUGCUCACUUGUGCUCUUAAACCACAGCUUGGUGCCAUGAAGUUCCAUUUAAUCUUCUACUCUCAUACAGACGUGGACUAGAAGGGGAAGAGCCACUAGAGCCAGGGUUCACUACAUGGUACUGCAACUGCAGAGUUUUUUGUUUUUUAAUUUUAGAACAAAUAUCUCACAUUUAUUCUUACAUAUUCAUUAACAAGUUUACAUUUUAUUCCUAGAGUAUUUUACCCACAAAGGCACUUCAGGAAUAUCUAAUGCAGCUACCUGUAUUCCUGAUGAGAGAAACCACUUAUGAAGGCACCAAAUACAUAUUGUCUCAGUCAUGUUUCACUUUCACAGUCCUAGUUAACUUGUCAUUUAUCACCACAACAUUAUUGGAUAAUGUACGCGAUACAUUACAAAAAUACCUUUAUUUGUUUGCUAAAAAUUCAUUUUCAAGUAUAAAAACGUUUUAAAAUAAUAAUAAAUAAAAUAUAAAUCAUCGUGGGAACCAUGGCAAUAGACAUAUGUUGAGUUCCAUGUGUACAUUAAAUACUCAUUU